AUGAAACAUUUUGCAGGUCUCAUCCUUUUCGCGAUUCUAUUUGCAAUAACGAUUAAGGGAUCGCAAAGUGUUUGCGGAUAUGAGUCAUGUCCUCAAUCCGUGUCCAACUUGAUCAAUAUCCAUUUGGUGCCCCACUCUCAUGACGACGUCGGCUGGUUAAAGACAGCCGAUCAGUAUUAUUACGGUCAUAGGCAAAAUAUUCAGCACGCUUCAGUGAAAUAUAUAUUUGAAUCUGUUGUCAGCGAACUCAUUAAAGAUCCAAGUCGUCGUUUUAUUCAAGUGGAGACGGCUUUCUUUGAAAAAUGGUGGGUGGAUCAACCAGAAACCACCAAGCAAAUUGUGAGAAAAUUGGUAAACGAAGGCCGCUUUGAGUUCAUAGGAGGAGCUUGGUCCAUGAACGAUGAGGGUGCAGUGAACUAUCAGAGUGUGAUCGAUCAAUUUACUUUGGGAUUGAAAUUCUUGGAUGACAACUUUGGAGCUUGUGGCCGUCCCCAUGUUGGUUGGCAAAUAGAUGCCUUUGGUCACUCCCGUGAAAUGGCUUCUAUGUUUGCUCAAAUGGGUUUUGAUGGCGAAUUCUUCGCCCGCAUGGAUCACAGUGAUAAGGAUGUGAGAUUGGGCAACUUGGGACUAGAAAUGAUCUGGGAUGCCAGCGAGUCUCUAAGCAAUCUUGAGUUCUUCACCGGCAUGCUUUACAAUCAUUACUCGGCUCCUCCUGGUUUCUGUUUUGACAGGCUUUGCGGGGAUGAUCCAAUUAUUGACGAGGAGAGCUAUGACAACAAUGUUAAGUCCAGGGUCGACGAUUUUCUAAACUACGUGGCUGGAGUUGCGGAACACUACCGUUCCAAUAAUAUCUUAAUACCUAUGGGUGAUGAUUUCCACUAUGAGAACGCCCAGCAAAACUACCAGAACAUGGACAAGCUCAUCAAGUAUGUCAACCAACGCCAAGCAGAUGGAUCGCGGUACAAUAUUUUCUACUCAACAGCAAGUUGUUAUCUGAACUCUUUGCAUAAGGGUCUCCAAACAUGGCCCAAUAAGACCCAGGACUUUUUGCCACAUUCAAACGAAGCCAAGAGUUACUGGACUGGUUACUUCACUUCUCGUCCUACCCAGAAACGAUUUGAGCGCGAUGGUAAUCACAUGUUGCAGACCGCCAAGCAACUUUCAACCUUUGCUAAUCUCUCAAGCGAUAAGCAAACCAAAGAUUUGGACUACUUGCGUAAAAUCAUGGGUGUGAUGCAACAUCACGAUGCCAUAACUGGAACUGAGAAACAGCAUGUUUCCGAUGACUACGAUCGUCUUUUGUACGAUGGCAUUGUGGGUGCCGAAAACAACGCCCGCGAUGCUCUUCGAGUGUUGACCAAUUUGACCAAUGGCGAGUUUGAGAGUUGCAUGCAGCUUAACAUCAGUGUUUGCGCUUUUACCAAGGACAGUGCUGAUGAUGUCGUCGUAACUCUUUUUAAUCCAUUGGCUCAUCCAUCUACCCAAUAUGUCAAAGUACCAGUAAAAGAUGAAAGCUACGAGGUUACCGAUGAAAAGGGAACGAUAAUAGCUUCUGAAGUUGUGCCUGUUGCCUGGCAGGUUCUAGCACUGGAGCACCGUUCCAAUGACACUCAGCACGAGUUGAUUUUCAAGGCUUCAGUCGAUAAGAUUGCAAGCUAUUACAUCACAAAGUCAAAGAGUACUAAGACAUCCGGUAGAUGGACUUUACCUGGCGGCAAAUCAGAAGAUACUGUGCUAGAGACUUCGCUAAUCAAACUCGUUAUUGACAAGGAUACAGGUCGCUUAAAGACGGUAGAAAUGAACGGCAUUUCUGAGGAAAUCGAGCAAAUAUUUGCAGUCUACAAGACUCGAGAAUCUUGUCAUUACAUUUUCCGUGAAAACGACGAAAUCGAAGUUCUAACCGAUGAUGUGGAGUUCUCGGUAUACGACGGUACCUUGGUCAAAGAGGUUCACCAGCAGGUGAACGAGUUCAUUUCCCAGGUUAUACGCAUCUAUGAGGGGGUUAACCGCGUUGAAUUCGAAUGGCUCGUGGGUCCCAUUCCCAUUGACGGCGAUGUCGGAAUGGAAGUGAUAACACGUUUCCAGAGUAGUAUUUCCUCAAAGGGCGUUUUCUACACCGAUUCGAAUGGCCGAGAGGUGAUGAAGCGAGAGAAGAACAAGCGGGAAUCUUUUGAUCCUGACUUAAGUAUUCAACCCACUAGCGCAAACUAUUAUCCAGUUACUUCACGCAUUUCGCUGAACGAUGGAAGUAGGCGCAUGUCACUUCUAAACGAUCGCUCUGAGGCUGGCACAAGUAUGGAAGACGGCCGAUUGGAACUCAUGCUCCAUCGCCGACACGUAUUUCACGAUGGGUCCGGCGCUGAUGAAGCCAUAAACGAGGAGCAGUUUGGCAAGGGCUUAAUUGCACGCGGAAAAAUUCAAUUGGUACUCAACAAGGUAGAAGACAAGAACACAAUUCCUGAACGCCUAGCCGAGAAAGAGAUUCAUCUGCCUUUUGCGAAAUUCUUCAGCAAGCGUAAUACGGCUACAAAUAAGGUUAUAGUCAAGACACUUCCCGAUUUCAGUGACUUCCCUCAGUCGGUGCAUCUGCUGACUCUGGAACCCUUCUCAAAGAAUGAAAUUUUGUUCCGCGUGGAGAACUUCCUAGACCACACUGAAGGCAAUGUGGUCAGCUUCAACAUUCGCUCAAUCUUCGAUACUUUGGGAGGUGUGGAAAUCCGUGAAACCACACUCGAUGGUAAUUUGCCCCUCAGCGAAAUGAAGAGAUUAAAGUUUUACCACGACGGAGCUGGCGCUAGACCCACAACUGCUGAGUAUUUCACAGCUACUCAUAAGCCUCUCGCCGCUGACAAGUCCCAGGAGGUGUCCGAAUUCAGUGUCACCUUGCAGCCCAUGCAGAUUCGCACAUUCAUUAUCACAUACGAGUGAAGAAAACAUAGAUCCCAUUGCAUGUAUUAAGAUUUUUACUAUAUCAAUAUAUGUAUAUCCUUAACCAAAA